CAGAUUUCGAUGAUUUGGAUACCAAAGCUAUUUCUAACUGGUCUCAGGAUUAUUUGGAACAGCUGGAUACAUCACAGCACAAUUUCCCCAAUACGUUAUGGCACGUGAAACCGCCACUCGAAAUAGCUUUGAAAUUAUCCGCCAUGUUAGUGAUAAGCAUUACUGGAAUCUUUUUAAAUUCCAUAAUUUUGACCAUUUUGUUAAGAAACAAAUGGCUAUGGACUGCCAGUAACUAUUUGGUUGGGAAUUUGGCAAUGACUGAUCUCUUAACACUCCUCAUCUGCCCAUGGUUUAUGCUCGUGCGGGAUUUCUACCAGCAGUACGUUUUAAGGAAUUUUGGAUGUCGCUUCGAAGGAUUCUUACAAGCUUCCUUCUUAUUAGCAGGCGUUUGUGCAGUCUUACUGGUGUCGUAUGAUCGCUUAGCGGCUGCAGCGCUAUCAGCUGAAACUCGAGUAACUAUCAAAGUUGCUCCUUAUUUAAUUGUAGCAUCAUGGCUUGCUUCAAUGACUGUUUCAUUGCCGUGGGCAGUAAAGAGGGAAUUCGUGGAGCGGCCAUGGAAAAACUAUCUGGAGAUGUAUUGUGUAGAAGAUACAAGGGUGCUUGGCAUUUAUUGGCACUUUCUACUUAUGUUACUGGUUUGGGCACCGCUUGGUGUAAUGGUUGUAACGUACGGUACAAUAAUGUGGCGUUUGGAAUGGAGUGUCCGUGAGCUCGCAGCUCGUGGAGGAGGUCAGUCCAUUGCCAGAGCCAGGACUAGGACCUUAAGGAUUACUGCCUGCGUUCUUCUAGUCAGCCUGAUAUGUAGGAUUCCAUUCACUGCGCUGAUAUACUGGAGAAACAAUUUGGCUCCCCAGAUUAAUUCGGCCGAUGGUGGAUUCCAGAUUAUGUGGUUUGCUGCUAACUACCUCAUGUACUUGAACUGUGCUAUCAAUCCUCUUAUUUACGGCUUCACUAAUGCAAGGUUCAGGAAAGCUAUGGACAGGACUCCAGGCAUUGCCUGCUUUAAGUUUGGGUCUUGGUGCUGUUUGUGUGAUGUGCCCGCGAAAAAACGUGACCAAGCCCAAGAGAAACAUACGGAAAAGAUUUUCGUAAUUGCACAUUCACCGAAACCACACAAGAAGAUUUCGAAAGCGAUUAAGAAUAUACUUCAUAUCAAGAAAGAUACUUUGGAUUUCAGUAUCAAAGUAGACGAAGCUACAACAAAACCUACAAAAAUAACGCCAGUGAAAACUGAACCAGUUCUUGAAAAUGGAAAGAUAUAAAACUUAACAGAAGAUUUUAAGUUUUAGACGUUAAUUGUUCUAACUGAACCGCCUUAUAUUGCAUCUCCAAUAGAAACAUGAAAA